AUGGUGGUUGACAAGGUUUUCCUUGUGUAUCAGUUACCACUAUCAUCGCCGUCAUCUGACCUUCACUUGGUUCUAACGAAAAGGAAAAAAGCAAGCAAAAAGGAACGACUCCUGAAAAGGGCUCAAGCUGAAUCUGAAGGAAAUACAGUUGAAGCCAAGAAGCCGAUAGUUGUCAAAUAUGGUCUUAAUCAUAUCACCUAUCUUAUCGAGCAGAACAAGGCUCAAUUGGUGAUCACUGCUCAUGGUGUAGACCCCAUUGAAUUGGUUGUCUGGCUUCCUACUUUGUGCAGAAAGAUGGAAAUCCGUUACUGUAUUUUGAAGGGAAAAUCUUGUUUGGGAACUAUUGUUCAUCAGAAAACUGCAGCAGCUCUGUGCUUGACUACAGUCAAGAAUGAAGAUAAGAUGGAGUUCAGCAGAAGAGAGGUUUCUUGCUAA